AAUGGCGACCGUGGUCAAUAUAUUUUUAACUUUACCCUUUGAUUUUAUUGCUUUUACAUCGCAUGGACUGAUUUUAUAUUUGUAAUUUUUAUUACUUAUGAUAAUUAUUGAGAAAAUAGAGUGAGUAUGGCUGAUGAAUCCCAGUCUCCCCAGGAGGUCUCCCCGCUGCCAGAUUCUAUAUCUGAUCAUUUAGAUAGCGUAGAAUCAGUGGUAGACCAUCAGCCUGUUGUCAGCACAGAAUCUAACUCAUCAGAGUUACCAGCCUUGGUCGUUGAUGUCUUUAAUACAAAUGCUCUGGCUUCAUCCCCAUCACCGGUUGAAUCUGGUAGUACCAACUUUGCAAGAUCUGCUGGGUGCUUACCAUUACCUAAAGAAACUGAGAGAAAUGCCUUGCCGGCAUGCACCAUAGCUCCAAUGAUACCAAGAAGCAAUGACUUUCAAUUAACUGGCUCUUCGUCGGCCUUCAGGCCAUUUAUUACACAACCCUUAUCCUCCUCAAGGGAGAUAACCUCCUCCUCCCAACACCAAAACUUAAUAACAUCCACUCCCAUUUCUAGACGCGCUGAGAGAUCCACUCUUCCAGGCACAUUCAUGUCAUUUCAGAGAACCUCACCCACACCCUCUCCAUUACGUCAAGUCUUGCUUGGUGACUCGGCCAAUGGUAAUGAAGACAAUGAAGAUGGGCGUACAACAGCAUCUGCACCUCCUUGUACGCCUGCACCAGAACCACACAUGCAACCACAGUCUCCGUUUAGAAAUAACCGGCAGAUUAAGAAAAUUGAUUUACUGGCUAUGUCAAGAUCUCGUCAGUCAGACAGGGCAGAAAAUGCACGCAGAGAUGGCCGCCUUGCACCCAGCCCCAGAAAAAAAGAUGAAGUUCUUCGAAAUAGUGGCUUCACUUUUCCAUCCAACAGAGGCUAUGAAGCUCAGUCCACUUUAAGGCUGAGCAUGCACAACAGUCGUCUGGCUGGCUCAGACACAGGGAUAUCCCCAGAGAGAGUGGUCAAUGGCACUUCAAGCACAGCUUCACCAAACAUUGAUGUGGUCAGUGUUGAUGACCCAACUGACCCAUCCAAGUGUAUGUUCAGCAUUCAGUUUCAUGAUUUUACCCCAGCAGAACAGCUGAUGAAGUGUAAUUUGUGUGGCUUCGUUACAAGCAAUCAAAGGUUUUUCAGGCGACACAGGCGAUUACACAGUCGACAGUACCAGCCCAACCUGAUUCACUGCAGCCUUUGUGAUUACAGCACCACACAGAUCAGAAAAAUGAGAGAACACACCAUCAGCAACCAUCAUUUGUCACACCCGCAUUCUUUGCCCAACUCCAGUCAAACUUACAACGCCCCGUCUGUCAUCCCCGAGUCAACUCACAGGCCUCCAGUCCAAAGUCAGAUAUUUAUGGGAAAUGGUAGCAUCUUCCAUCCAGUGUCCAGCCGGCCUGUCAACGUGGCAGUUGGCACGGCUGCUGCUAAUGUCAUAUCCAACACCUCCAGCCUAGGGUUGCCCACAUACAUCCCAACACCCCAAGCCUCUCACAUCCAUGUCAACACCCAGGCAGGCCUACAGCACCCACCAAGGGGCAGUGCUAUGCUGGGGAAUUACGCCCCCUCUAAUGACCAUCAGAUGGCCAGCUACAUGCAGUCUGUCCUGUCCAACCUGAUGUCUCCCCGCACAGACCCCAGCAGUGCUGUCACCUCCUCCAGUCUGUACUUGCAGGCUGCCAGAAACUUCCCCCAGGAAUCUCAUACAGCUGUACCCUCCAGCAACCCACCAGUACUGGAGGAAACAUACAACUACAGGCGCUUCUGGAAUGCUAACAGCAGUAAUGGAACUGUGCCUGUGAAUCAGAACUUGAGAGGCUCGUCUUUUGUCAAGGUGAAGACAGAACCCAGGCCUGCUCCCAUCAGCCAGCUGUCCAGAAGUGUCCAUGACAUGCCAUCCAGCACGCAGAAGGACAGGCCUGUCAGGAGCCCACGGCGCCAGUCUGACACGCUGGACAGUGAGUCAGGGAUGGACAUGAGCAGUGAUGACCACGCCUGCUCACCUCAGCCAGGUGCCCUGGGGGGCAGGACAGACGCCAGAGUGAGCACAGAGACUCUGGAAGCCAACAGAGCAUCACAGGCAGACGAGUCCACGCUUGGGCCACAGUGUUCUCUGCCCUUCAUUAAAAUAGAAUUUCCCCCGCAUAGAGACACGUGUGGGUUGAUGAACCGCAGCAACUGUAGCCGCACGGAUCGCGAGGUUCAGUGUGAGAUCAUCUCCAUGUCCAGCAACCACAGACAGGGCAGUCGCACCCAGUCUGAGACAGUCAGCAGUGCAGGGGGGUCAGCUCUUAUAGAAACCAGGUGUUAUUUCUGUGGGGUUACCUUUGAUGAUGAGGUCUUGUAUUCAAUUCAUAUAGGCUGUCACAGCCAUACAGAUCCUUUUAUGUGCAAUGUUUGCGGCAAGCAGUGUCAUAAUAAAUAUGGCUUUUAUUCUCAUAUCAUGCGAGGUCAUCAGUCUAGACCAAACACGUAAAGGUGGCUGCUUAUGUCCCCAUAAUGUGAGACAUUUGUCUAAACUAAAUUUACAGCGGUAGCUUGUUACUAAUCCUUGAUUGCUCUUUCACAUCCACAAACCACUGCCCCAAUACAUAGACCUAACACUGCCAAAUGAGCCCUGAGAACACUUGAAACCAUUUUUGAUGAGUUUAAAUUGAAUGAUUGACUAUUUUAAUUAGAAAAUGUAUUAUGUCAGAUCUUUCUGUUCAAUAUUAGUAGUUUAAGCCUUUUAAUUUAUAAUUCAAAUGACACUCAUUUUUGUAGAUUACAGAAGAUGUAUAAUUGAUGUAUACAAUUGUAUUAGCUAACCAUUUGAAAUCAAUGUUUUGACCUUUGCCAAGAGGUUUUGACCAGCUGCCUAAAACCACAGAGUGACAUAUCUAUGCAAGAUGACAACUAUAAAUAUAUCUUAAUUAAUUAAGCUGUUUCGUUGUUAAAGCAGACACAACAAUUUGAUUAGUAGGGUAAAAAAAAUAAAAAAUGCACGUAAAAACAUUUUCGAGGUGGUAAUUUUGUUAAGCUUGCCAUUUAAGUGUUAUGCAGACUUUGAUUGUUUAAAUGUACUAGCAGAACUCAUGUGCCAUAUCUUUGUAAGCUGGUCUAGAAUUGAUGUGUCAACAGUUCUAAGCGGACAGUAGUCUAGACGGUGUACUUAUUUAGUCAAACAUUUGCUUUGCUCUACAUGUUAAAAAAGGAAGAAAAUAGGGGUGGGCUUUUUUCAAAUGUCUGUCAUUUUAGAAUACUUUUUUAAUGAAAUUUAAAAUUGUAAUUUUGUAUGUUUUAAAAUGUAUGAUCAAGUGUUUGAUUAGAGCGUUGAAAAAAGAUUUCUAUGCAAGCUUCUAACCUGGUUUUGUAAUUUGUUUAUCAGUAUGAAGCUCUGAAAUCUUGGGAAUCGAAGUUUUCAAAUUCUUAAACUAUUCUCUUGAUAGAUGGGUUCAUCAUUCAAACAAAUUCUUAAACUAUUCUCUUGAUAGAUGGGUUCAUCAUUCAAACCAAUUUAAAAUUCAUCGUUCCAACCAUUAUCUAAAAACAAACUCUAAAACUAAUAAUCCCAACUAUUUUCUUGAUUCAGAUUGAUGUGUAGUGUGUAUCAAUGAAACAAAUUUAAAGAGUUCCAAACAUGUUUUUUAGUCCAAUGGACAAUGAUGGGAGCACUUGGCUGUGAUGUAAAUAUUGGUUGUAUCUAAACACUUUGUGCACCCUUCACACUCUCGUACUUCUCAUUCUAGACAUAGCGCGCUUUCUGAAUAAUUCUCAGACCUAUAAAUCUCUCUCUUUUUCUCUUCCCCCUAACACCAUCACAGUUAAAGAGAAACAUUUUCUUUUUCCUUCUUAAGAUCACGUUUGUACUUUUGCUACUGUCAUUUUAAAUGUCAAUUAUUUGUUACACACACUACAGGGCAUUGAAUCAUUUGAACUUCUUAUCUAUUGGUAUAGCUUAGUUUUUCAACUUUUAAAAGAGGCAUAUUUGCUAAACCUAACCCAGUUUGGAUUAGGGUUUUUUAGAAAACUUUUUAUCAUCUGAUGCAUAGGGAUGUAAAUAUUUUCCAAUACUUGCUUACUUUGUUUAAAAAAUGAAUCGAAAAUUGUGUGCAUAAUGCUUUAACAGUUGUUCUUGUUCAUAUAUUUGAUUUGUAUUACUGCUGCUAAUUUUUUUCUUUUUUUACAGCAAUAUUAAGCUUUUCAACGGUGCUCUAACUGAUGACCAUCCAUAGCUCAUGGUCAUCUACAGCUAACUUAAGUUGUGAUGACCAUCCAUAGCUCAUGGUCAUCUGACAUGUAUAUCUUUGGGCUGUUGUUUAUUUUAUUUUUGGUAUUAUUGUUAUACAGAAAAUAUGUUCACAAUGAUUUAGUUGAUCGAAACAUUGACAGAUCAGAUUUGAAUUUUUGCACAGGUGGCAUUGAUUUUCUUAAAGCUCAAUCUAAAUCCAAUACAUGGUUGAUUCCAUAGUUUCAUUUCAUCUUUGUUUUAGAGUGGAGACAGAACCUUUUAAGUUUUGGAUUCACAAUUCAUAUUUAUAUAGAGGACACCUCCCCUCCCAAACUUUAUUGUUUAAGAAUUUACUUCACAUAUAUUCAUGUGUAUUCAAAAUUUGAAAAAAAAUAUAUUUAGACAAAGGUUUGUGCAAUAAUUUUGUUUGAUUAAGGCCACUUUGACCAAAUAUAAUUUUUUAGAUAACUUUUAAUUUUUGAAUCUGAUCAGUGGCCACUCUCACUGUGUACAUUACUAAAGAAAUACAGGCUAGUAGGGUAAUAUAUAGAAUCAAAAUGACCUUUCCCCCUUUGUUCUUAAAUGUUUACCUUGUUUUUAAAUUAGAAUUAUUUUUUUAAAUUAAGGGUGAAUUCUUGAUUCUGGUAACACCAUAGCAGGUGUCAAUCAAAUUUUCUUUUGCCAGCCACUGGCUGCCUGGUGUCUGCUGGCCACCUCUCGUUGUGUUCUGGCCACCUCUUGUUGUUUGCGGGCCAGGUUUCAAAGUGUGCUGGCCGCCUGACAUUGUGUGCUGGCCGCCUGACAUUGUGUGCUGGCCGCCUGACAUUGUGUGCUGGCAACAUUUGAGCUACUAACCAUGACAAUUGUACUUAUCUGUACAUAUCUAAUUAUUAGCUGUGUUUAACACCUUGUUUGAUGGUAGUACUGUAGACUUAAAAAUUCUUGUCCAUAAAGCUGUGAAUUUUUGCUGAGUCUCUUAAUGUUUUAUCUUUAUAGAUAAAUAGACUAUGGGAUUGCCAUUUCAAAGAAACAUCUGUGCAGUUGUCUAAAGUAAAAUGCCAAUUGUAGUUUACAAUUUGUAAUUGAAGAGCCAAAUUUAACGUACUAUAAUUUUUUGUUUGAUCCAAAUUUUGUGGCCAGCUAAAAUUAUUUAAUUGAAGAGCUACAAAAUGUUUGGUUGAGCCACAUUUUUUGGCCAGAUAAAAUUAUUUAAUUGAAGAGCCAAAUUUAAUAAAAGUUUGGUCUGAGCCAUGUUUUUUGUUAGCUAAAAUUUGUAAUAGAAGAGCCAAAUUUGACGUUUGGUUUGUGGCCAGCAAAAUUUUUGUAAUUGAUGAGCCAAAUUUAACAUAAUGUUUGGUUUGAUCCACAUCUUGUGGCCACCUACACUGUACAAGACAAUGGUGUUCAAAUCUUCUUUGUGUGUGUAAUUUGUUAUAUCAAUAUGUAAGUAUGAUGACACUAACCACUGUUUGUCAUGUAGCAUUAAUUACUCUUUUCUCCCUUGAUUCUAGCUGAAGAACAAACUUACUUGAUCUCAUGUAUACAAUAUUUUAAAGUCAACUUGUGUAUGUUAAGUCUCUGCCUCUAGUGGAGUGUGUCAAUAUAUAUAUAACUACCUACUUGUAUAUAUUAUGUUGUUUAUUAUGGUACUAAAAAGCCUAGUUAGUAUUUACUGAAAAAAAAACCUGGUUGACUAGUCCCACUAAAUUCUUGUCUGUUUAGAUUAGCAAUAGCUACAUUAGCCUAGGCUCUGUCAUGUUGAGAGUCAGCUACUUUAAGUCCUGUGUGGCAUGAUUUGCUCUCAUUGGAGAGUGUAAUAAAACAGUCAUGUUCUUUUCUUCACUAGGUCAGGUUGUUUGAAACGUGUGUAAUGUAGCUAGGUCAGGUUGUUUGAAACUUGUGUAAUGUAGCUAGGUCAGGUUGUUUGAAACGUGUGUAAUGUAGCUAGGUCAGGUUGUUUGAAACGUGUGUAAUGUAGCUAGGUCAGGUUGUUUGAAACUUGUGUAAUGUAGCUAGGUCAGGUUGUUUGAAACGUGUGUAAUGUAGCUAGGUCAGGUUGUUUGAACUUGUGUAGCUAGGUCAAGUUGUUUGAAACGUGUGUAACUAGGUCAGGUUGUUUGAAACUUGUGUAAUGUAGCUAGGUCAGGUUGUUUGAAACGUGUGUAAUGUAGCUAGGUCAGGUUGUUUGAAAUUUGUGUAAUGUAGCUAGGUCAGGUUGUUUGAAACUUGUGUAAUGUAGCUAGGUCAGGUUGUUUGAAACGUGUGUAAUGUAGCUAGGUCAGGUUGUUUGAACUUGUGUAGCUAGGUCAAGUUGUUUGAAACUUGUGUAACUAGGUCAGGUUGUUUGAAACUUGUGUAAUGUAGCUAGGUCAGGUUGUUUGAAACGUGUGUAAUGUAGCUAGGUCAGGUUGUUUGAACUUGUGUAGCUAGGUCAAGUUGUUUGAAACUUGUGUAACUAGGUCAGGUUGUUUGAAACUUGUGUAAUGUAGCUAGGUCAGUUUGUUUGAACUUGUGUAACUAGGUCAGGUUGUUUGAAACUUGUGUAAUGUAGCUAGGUCAGGUUGUUUGAAACUUGUGUAAUGUAGCUAGGUCAGGUUCAUUUGUUGUUUCAACCUUGUGUACAGUGGACUGCCAUGUCUCAGAGUUGUUAUUUAAAGCUUCCCUAAUUCAAAUUUUUUUAACUUAAUUUUUUGUUGUUUCCUGCAUGAAUUGUGCAUUGUCAUAAAAUAUUUGUUCAAACUAUCAGAUGUUCAAACAAUUAGGCGGCAAAUUGUUGAAGCUGGUUUCGGUGUAGUCAUUGUGAGCAUCAACCUCAGCUAGAUGACUAAAUUCAUAGACUGGAUUAAGGUAGUUUAUUUAUAGAACUGGUUCAACUCUUGUACUAUUGCUGGUGGGUUUUUCUCCCCUAAUUUUAUGACCAUGAUGGUACCACAUGUUCCUUCUAUUUAUAGAUGUGUUUGUUUGGGUUGUGUUGUUCACCUUUUAAAAAGGAAUAGUUGAGUUCAUUUAGUCUUGUAGACUUUGAUAUUUUUUAAGACAACCCAACACCUAGUUUUUUCUGAUUACCUUUAUCAUUCUUGCAGUGAAUGCAUUUGCUUGUGACUAUUGGUUCUAUUUAUAGCUUCUAUUUGUGCUUUCUCUAACUUGUCAACCAAUUAAA